GAUGACCGGGCGGCGCGGAGCCGGUCGGGCGCGGAGACAACAGCUCGCGCACCUCGGCCCGGCCGGCGGCGGCUGACCGGCGCGGCUAGCGGUGCGCGCCGCCCCGGAGGAUGUUCACCUGCCGCCGCCCGCCGCCGCCCGCCGCCCGCCGCAAAAACCACCGCUGGAUCUGGGGGCGGCGCUGGCCGGCGCCGCCGCCGGGUCAGGUCAGAAAUCAGCCAGCUGAGCGCGCCGGCCGCCGGACAGCGGACAGAGACACGGUAGUGGCCGAGCCCGGCGGUGCUGAGAGGCCGCCAGAGGACAGCGCGAGGAGCCCACUGCUGGACACGGGUGGACAGGAUUUCAACGACAGACCACAAAAACAGGGUGAUGCGGCUGCUGGUGCUGGUGCUGGUGCCGCUGCUGCUGGCUGGCCGGUGCGCCGGCGGGCCGCUGGUGCUGCCCUCCGGCGGCGUGUCGCCGUCCCGCCAGGUGGCGCCCAGCCAGGGCAUCCUGGGUGAGCUGCAGCAGCUGUUCAGGGAGGCGGCCGCCGGCCAGCAGCAGGUAGAGUACGGCGCCGCCCGCGAGGAGCUCGAGCAGAUGGUGGCCAGCCUGGACCAGCUGGCGGCCGUGGUGCCGCUCGGCCAGCAGGACGCGCCCGGCAGUGAGACGGUGACGGUCUCCACCACCACCGAGGAGCCGGCCAACGUGCCCAUCAUCGACCCAGGUCUGUUUGUGAUCCAGGGAGUGAAGACGUGCGGUGACGGCGCCGGCUACUGCAUGCUGGGCGCCAACUGUUCGGCCGACUCUGACUUCAGCGCCGACCCGUCCGGCCACUGCGUCGGCCUGCGCACCGCCUUCUCGCCGCCGGCCGACUUCUCGUGCUGUCAGUUCGAGGCGGCGCGCCGACGCACGGCCACGCCGCGACCCACGCCCACCACCACCGAGGGCACCACCUUCGACGACGGCCUGGUCGACUCCAUCGUCAACUUCGGCAACGACGUGCCCGAGCGGCCGAGCGACGACAGCAGCCAGAUCGUCGACAUCGUGGCCAUCAUCACCGACAGCACGGGCAUCGUGGACAUCGUGACUCGGCCGUACACGGGCCCCUGGCCUCCAGUGGACAGUGACGACGCCGAGGGCGUCACACUGCCGUUCGCCAAGCCCGGCGAGACGUUCGAGCCCGGCUCGCUGGUCGGUCUCGGCCAGAACGUCAACCUGGGCACGACGCCGGCGGACACGUUCCAGGCGGGCGACCUGCCGCCCGAGGAGGAGCUGCAGGCGGCGGCCGGGGUGACGGCGGCGCCCGGCGCAGAGCCCAUCAUCACCACGGCGGCCACCACGCCGGCCACGCCGGCCGGCAGCACGCCGAGCACGGCCGAGAGCACGGCCGCCGAGCCGCCGCCGGCCGACGGCGACCCGCUGGGCCCGCUGUCGGCCGUGCCCGUCAUGGAUCAGAGCCAGGACUACAUCGGGGACGUGGACUACGAUCAGCACCUGAUGCCGGCGCUGAUGCCCAUCCGGCCGGGCACCAAGGCCGACGGCGUGCAGACCAACGUGGAGGGCAGCGGCGCCGCGGAGGACGGCCCGGCGGCGGACGCAGACGCGGCGGGAGAGGUGUUCAGGGUGGGCAUUGAGAGCGAUGCUGCCGAUGACCUGCUGGAGCUGGCUCAGGACCUCACCGAGGGCUCUGGAGUGGCCAUUCUGAGGGACGAUGAGGGGGACCAUCAGGAGCAGCAGUCGGCUCCGACCGAGGAUAAGGAGCAGGCUAAACAGGAGCUGGAGAAGUCGGAGUUGCAGUCAGAGUCGGAACCAAAGCCAGAGUCGGAGUCGGAGUCGGGGAACCGGAAGCCGUCGAGGCCAGCGCCGGUGUCCGGGGUGGCGUUCCAGAGACCCCCAGUCUCCGGAGGACCCAAAGGCUCCCACGGCAGCCUCUCAACCUCCAUAGGCCAGCCCAGCUGCGGCGUCAUGGGCUCCUCGCUGGCCACCCUGCUCGCCAGAAAUCGAUUCCGCCCGCGCAUUGACGACAGUCCGGAGGGCGGCGAGGUAACCAGCGCCGUGGUCUGGUGCUGGAUGGCGGCCAUCAUGCGGAAGACGCGCGACCCGGAGAACCCGUACAGCUUCGUGUGCUCGGGCACGCUGGUGGAGCGGGACCUGGUGGUGACCACCGCCAGCUGCGCCUCUAGACUGUUCCAGGAGCCGCUGCGCGACUUUGUCGUGCUGCUCGGAGCCUCCAACCUGCGCGUCAACCUCGAGUUUGGCGUGCAGCACAUGGAGCUGGAUGAGAUCAUCGUUCAUGAGGAUUACCAGAUCAACAGUCACGUGCACGCCAACAACAUCGGUCUUCUGAAGCUGUCCCGGCCGGCGCUGCUGGAGCGCACCGUCUGCCUGCUCUGUCUGCCGCCGGAGAAUAUGGAGCUGACUGGUCGGCAGAGCUGCGCCGUCACCGGAUACGGCCUGGCCGACUCACGGGACGCAGCGACGACUCAGCAGCAGGCUGCGGCGCCGGAGCUGGCCGGGGUACUCCGGCAGACCCACGUCCCGGUCAUGGGCGGAGAGCAGUGCCGCGCCAGUGGCGCCAUGCAGCGGCUGGCCAGCGCACUACCGGGCCUGGACGAGCGCAGCUUCCUCUGCGCCGGGGGCCGACGGUUCGCGGACGCCUGUCACAUCUCGCGGGACGGCAGCAGUCCUCUGGCGUGCAUGGCGGCGGAGAACGGCCGCUACUACCUGUACGGCCACAUCGCCCGGGACGCCGAGUGCGGCGACACGUCCCAGCCGCACGUCUACACCAACGUGGCCAGUCUGUUCGGCUGGAUCAGGGACAACUACGGACGCAUGGCCAGGAAGGCGGCCGCGCCGGCCCGGUGAAGGACGCGCGGGGCUGAGAGGGGCCGGGCGAGCGGGGUGGGACUGGUUGACGUGGUCCGUUUACCGCAUAGACGCGUCGCCUUUACUCAAUGAUAUUUGGUAGAGGCAUUUUUCUAUGCAAUUUUACGUUUACUUCUUGUGUGACUUUGAAGGUUUCACAUCCCUGUGCCGUCCUGUUAUGAUCUGAGCAGAAAACGAGUAGUGUGCCGCCCAUGUCAGUCUGCGUAAGGAUAUAACAGGUUAUAAGCAGCCUGUCGUCGAUAGUCACAUCACAGGGUUGGGCUAGAUCUUUUUUUAAAUUUGAGCUGUUUUGUACGAAGUGGAUACUUCCAGGCACCCGGGGACAUAGCAGCGCAGUUAAUGGCGAAUCGUUAUCCCCCUCUAUUGAGUUUGUGUUCCGUGGGCUUCCAUUGCAGCUGGCAGGCAGACGGCGCAGUGCUGUCGUUUAUUUUCGAGCCACCCGACGGGGGCGGUAUCCGGAGGGCAUUGGGUCCGUAGACGCCCGUAUAUCCGCCAAAGAUAUAGCAUCGAUUUGUGGAGCGCGCCGCCAGUGUUGACUGUAUGUCUGUGCUAGAAAUAGAUGUUGACUAUAUUA